CUCCAAUCUCAAUCCGCUGCCCAUUCCCACUUCAUUCCUCACUCUCAUCCCCCGCUCGUCUUCCCAUCACUUUACUGACAUACACAUCGCACUCUCUUCUGGCUACACCUUACUGUACUCUCCUCCACUUCUUCCUCGCCCCUGGGCAUAUUCCCCGCCUCCCCACUCGACCGCUUCACUCCCAAUUGCCCGCCCUUAUCAAACGCUCACUACACUGGUUCUGUCUGUAUUGACACCAGCUGUUCCCUGGCGAUAGAACCCACCCCUCCUGGACCCAAUCCAUCAAUCACUAUGGCAAAGCACACCCCCUCAACCCAUAGCCCACCGCAGAGCCAGCGUCACGACAGCAACCAGGCUGACCACGACCAUGAUGACGACCACGAUAACGACCACGAACAUGACAACGACCAAGACCAGGACCGCGACGAGGACGACCAUCCCUCUCGGUCCACGGGCGGAUCUACCCCCAUCAAACGUAAACGACUCACACAAGCAUGCGACCCCUGUCGCAAGAAAAAGAUAAAGUGCGACGGUCUUAAGCCCAGUUGUGCCAAUUGCGCAAAAAUCGACAUCCAUUGCACAUAUCUGCCGUCGAUGAAGAAGAGGGGUCCUCGUCAGGGGUAUAUCGAAUUGCUCGAAAAGCGUCUCGACAAGAUGGAAAAGAUGCUGCAGCAUGGUCCUGCAGCAAUAGACUCCGACUUCAAGGUCUCGCUGCGAUCCGCUUCGGAGGAAGAGGAUGACAACUCCGAGUCGACGGCCGGGCCGCCAGCAGCCGCUGACGCACGCUACUUUGGCAGGUCCUCGGCUCUUGGAUACUACGCAGACACUGACUCAAAGCUGACUCACCCCAUGGUUCAGAACUACGGCAACGUUAAACCCAACGCCAUCAGAUCGGAUCAACGCGCCUCCAUCACCGCCGCCAAGAGACCUAUCUACGGCAUCAAGGACGAGGUCCCACGCAAGGACAUUCUCGACCAUCUCAUCCAGCUCUUCUUCGACUCUGUCUACUACCAGUUCCCGAUCGUCCAUCCAGGAUCGUUCAUGAAGCAAUACAGGGAGGGCAAGGUCUCCCCAAACCUGUUGAACGGUAUCUGUGCUGGUGUGGCUCGGUUCUCAAACCAUCCCGAUGUUGUCACGACCCCGCCCUUCCUUGCUGGUGAGCCCUUUGCAACGAACGUCCGUGCUUCCAUUGUUGAUUCGGUAGAUAUACCUACCGUAUCCAACGUUCAGGCCCUACUGUUUUUGUCCAUGUACGAAUAUGGGGCCGCGAGAGGUCCGCGCGCAUGGAUGUUUGGAGGCAUGGCUAUACGCAUGGCACAGGAGUUGGGUCUGAAUCGCGAGGACAGCAGUCCAGUCUUUUAUCUCAAGGGCGACUGGGUGCUGCGGGAGACGCGGCGCAGGACGUUUUGGGCGUGCUUUAUCAUGGACGUGCUUUCCUCUUCAUCAUCAGGUCGGCCCAGGAUGAUUGACGAGCGCGACUGUGAGGUCUUGCUUCCGAGCGAGGACAAUGCCUGGCAUGAGGCUAGGCCAGUAGUCACUGAGAUGCUGGAUGACGAUCAGGGUCCUGAAACGAGCACGGAGUCUUUCAAGGAACAACGACAGAGUUCACAAGAUAGGCAACCUGACGACCAAGGCACGGAUGCGAAUGGCAUGGCUACACCACCAUCCGAGUCUUCUGCGGAGGCUGAACAGGACAAACCACGGCCCAAGGGCCAUAGCCUGAGCUCGUUUGCGUACCUUAUCAGGAUUCUCGCCGUGCUUGGCAAAGUUUCGCAGUACGUGAACCGCCCUAGGACUAAAAAAUCGAUCCCACCAAACGAGCCUGGAUCUGAAUUCUCUAUCAUCGACGCGGCACUUGCUGCAUGGCUUCAGUCGAUCCCUUCUCACCUGAUCUACUCGCCCGAGAACGCCAGGAUGCUCAAGGAUAGAAAUGAAGGAUGCAUCAUCAUCUUCAUGCACGUCAUAUACCACACAUCAGUCGUCUUGCUUCAUCGACCCAUCCUCGCUGCAGACAAGGCCAGCUUUCCCAUGGACCCGAAUUUCGUCGACAACUCUGUCGCUCGCUGCGCUGAGGCAGCUUCCAAGGUCUCAGAGGUCUUGGACUUUGUCAGCGCGCAGAACUAUCCUCCUCGGAUAUACAUCUCUUCAUUCUUUGCCUACCCAGUCUUUACUACCGCCACAAUUCAUAUCACAAACGCAUUCGCGUCGGACCUUGCAGUGGCAUCAAAGGCGCGCAGGAACUUGAGCACUCACGUGAAGAUUCUGCAGACUAUGAAGACUUACUGGGCCAUGGCGGACAAAUUUUUUUACAUUAUUCGCGACCUGUACUCGAUUCAGUCCAAGAUCAGCUCAUCGGCUGCAGGCGGGGGAAUCAUUGUGCCACAGGUGGUCUCCCACAACGCUCACGGAUGCAGUCGCGACUAUGCAGCGGACAGUGCGGCGAAUGCCUUGAAGGCCAAGGAGGCUCCCCGCGCUGGUGAUGCUCCUGAAAAGGACGAGGAGAAAGAGCGUCAAGGACUGGAGGGCGAGGCUGUGGCUCCACGGAUGGUAGUCAACAGCAAGCUGGCGUCCAUCAGUUCUUUUCUCAAGAGCGACUCGGGUUUGAUCGCAUUGUGGAGACGUGCCACAGAGAUGCAGGUGAUUGACCAAGCAAAUCAGCAGAAACGAAGGAUUGCGACGCCCGAGGGGCCGAGUAAAAUUCAACCUGUUGUCGUUCAGGAUCAAAACGACAAGGAGCAGGCAGAGAAAGAUUUGCGGGAGCAGCGCAAUCGGAUGAAUCAGCUCGAGAUUCAGGAAAUUAACCAGGAGUUUGAACGGCAAUGGAAAGUAAAGAUACUGGAAGAACAGAAGCAGCAAAAUGAUGAAUUGUCUCAGCAUGAGGGCGUCAACAAUGCGGAGAUAGAAUCCUCUGCCCUGGAGAAGCGGCAAACCGAGGGAGAUGAUUUUGCGAAUCCUAGAGUAGCAAAGCAGGCGAGAACAAGCAGGACAAGCACCAUCCCCGCUACAAGUGUGGCCGAGCCGCCGCAGCCGGUAGCGCAACAGAACACCUACCACUCCAAUUCGGCCUCGGUCAGAUCCCCAACUAACACAGGAACAUGGUCAAGAGUCGAGGAGGACCAAAGACAGCCCAUUGGUCAGCCUGCGUCGAGUUUGCAAGGCAAUCAGACAUACCGACAUGCUUUGCUGCAGCAACCAGAGCAACUCCAACAGCUCCGAGCACAGGAUGCAUACAUGAUGGAACCUAUGCUUCUUCAACCAGGCAACCCGAUAAUAUCCUCUGUUAGCCCCGCACAGGGUGAUGUCGGCCAGCGCUUGAUGAGCCUGUACUCUCAACAACAUCAACAACAGGAGACGAUUUCCCAAGCUAUCAAUAUGCGACAAAAUGCCAAUAUUCAACAGCAACAUCAAAAACUCCAACAACAGCGGCAACAGGCCUCUGUGUCAUCUUCCCUUGCAUUCGGACCACCUGGUGGAUUUUCAUCUGCGUACUUACCAUCUUCCUCUGCUCCCGCACAUCAGCAACAAACGAUGAUGCCGUUUCAACCCCAACAUCAGCAACAUCAGCAAGGAGCAUUCUCAGGUGCAGGAUUUGGUCCGCCCCUUGUUUAUGGCAGUAGCUUCAGUCAGAAUAAUUCAUCUAGGGUACAGGCCGAGCUCACGGAUUCGAUCUUUGACUUUGCGAUGCCGCUCGGCGACUUGAAUUUUUUGUCGAGCUCCUUCCAGAUGACGCCGAUGAUGAUGGAGCAGAAUCAUAGCAAUAGCACGCCCAACAUGAGCAACACCUCUGGACCAUCGUCAGCUGCCCUGUCAUCAAUGUCGGCAUUAUCUCGAGCUCAGCCUCAGUCGCAGUUGCAACAACCAAGACCUAGAUCUUUGGGUGCCGACUCUGGACCAUCGCCUGCGGCACGCAGACCAGGCGCGUCGGCCUCCUCAACUUCAAUGAUGCUGACAAGCCUCGACAGCAACAGAUCGGACAUGUCCUCUACUGGAAGCCAUGUACCCCGGGACUCAAAGAGUCCAUCUUCAACACAGAAUAUCUCUCCGGGUCUGCAUUCGUUCAUGAUGUCGGACGAUGCAUUUGCAGAGAUGCAGUCAACUCCCGAUUCUCUUGUUCGAUACUUACAACUUCAUCACCAGCAGCAGCAGCGGCAGGAGAUGCAGUUGCAGCGGGAUAUGCAGCCAUUGCUGAACCAGCAGAACUCGUUAAUUUAUGAUGAUUAUUUCCAGUGGAGUCAGCUCCUGCCGGCUGCGUCGUCGAGUAUGACACCGGCAGGGAUGGCAAUAGCGCAGCCGGCAGCUCAAAAGCAGAUACAGCAUCAUCAGCAGCAGCCACAACAACAGCAGCAUUCACAGCAACAACAACAGGCAUUAUCAUCGAUCGACAUGGCUAUAGAUCCAUCUAUCCCUAGCCGAGCCCCUGUUCAUACCUCCAUCCCUUCAUUUUCAUAGAGCCCGCAGCCCGGCCCUUCAAGCCGAACUAAUUUUGCCAAAUUCUGUACAUGUACUUUAGCAAGCAUUGCAAUAUAUACACAC